AUGGGCGACAAAUACGACCGUCAGCUGCGUCUGUGGGGCGCUGAAGGCCAGCGACUUCUGGCCAAAACGCAUGUACUAGUUAUUGGAUCCUGUGCUACUGCUUCAGAAGCUCUUAAGAAUCUAGUACUACCCGGUGUUGGUCAAUUUUUGAUCUUAGACGAUGCCAAUGUAUCUCUCGCCGACGUAACAAAUAAUUUUUUCGUGGCUGCAGAUACCGUGGGUCAUUCUAGAUCUAAAACAGUGGCAAAUUUGCUACUUGAGAUGAAUACAGAUGUGAAAGGUGAGAGCCGACAUGCCAACGUAGAGCAGGUGCUACAAGACGAACCGCAGUUUUUGGACCAGUUUGACCUGGUUUUAGCUACGCAACUUGAUGAGAUAGUUACGGUCAAAUUGGCUCAACUUUGUCUCUCGAAACAAAUUCCUCUUAUUUUGGUGACCUCGUACGGCUUUCUAGGCUCUCUGAGACUGCAGGUGGUUCGACAUGUUAUCACAGACGCCAAACUUGACCCACCACGACAUGACUUAAGGCUCUCGAAGCCUUUUCCAGAGCUUGAGAAAUUUGCUAGCUCGGUUGACUUAGAUUCAUUAUCGACUAUCGAACAUGCGCAUGUACCAUUUGUCGUGCUUUUGUUACAAGCCAUGAGAAAGUGGAAGGAGACCCAUCAUGGGUCGUUUCCAAUCACGUUUGCAGAAAAAGAGGCCUUUAAGAAGAAUUUGCAGGCAAUGGCAUGGGGCCCACAUGGUCAUGAAGUAAAUUUUCUGGAAGCAGCUGAAAACGCUUACAUGGCUUACAUGCCUUCAAAAGUGUCUGACGAAGUCCUUUGGGUGUUAAAAGCAGCACCGUCUCACACAAUUUCGAUACAGUCUCUGGAUAAGUCGAGAGAUAUUAAGGAAUUCUGGCUACUAGCGCAUGCACUGGCAGAUUUUAUUGAGCAAAACGACAAUCUUUUGCCGAUCACUGGUGUUUUGCCUGAUAUGACUGCAAUGACGGAUGUUUAUGUGGCUUUGCAAGAAAUUUACAUGAAUAAAGCAAAGGAAGAUGCACAAAAAGUGCAUCUGAUUCUUCGCAAGCGAUUGCAGAACUUGCAGCUGGCUGAUGAUAGCAUUUCAAUUGAAAAAGUUAUGACUUUUUGUAAACGCGCUCCGAGUAUUGGCAUGCUUGAGACUCGUUCUGUCAUGCAAGAGUACGAGCUCGUGGACUUGUCCAGUGUGGAUUUACAGGAGGAAGACAAGGAGCAGUCCCCUUUGAUAUGGUAUUUCAUGCUUCGUGCAGUGUCAGCGUUUGCGUCCGAGUUUCACCGGUGCCCUGGCUCAGAAGAUAGUACUGCUGUUCAAGACGGCACGUGGCUUGUGUCAAAGGCUAAGCAAUUGGCUACUGGCAGUGCUGUGACCGACUGGAUUACUGACAAUCACGUACUAGAGAUGACCCGUUCCAGCGAAGUAGAGCUGCACAAUAUUGCCGCUUUGAUGGGCGGGAUGGCUGCGCAGGAGGCGAUUAAGAUUAUCACACAUCAAUUUGAGCCGUUAAACCACACUUACAUCUUUAAUGGUAUCUCAGGCGCGGCUGCAACUUAUCAACUCUGA